UCUACGUAAAAUCUCAUUCAUCGCCUUCCUCGAAUUGAACACAUUGUUUUAUGAACUAUCUAAUGACUUUAUUUGCAUGGUCAAGAUUCUUUAAAGAAAAGAAACCGCGAUUAUAAAAUCAGAACCGAGAGAGAUGGAUCGAUGUGAUAAUAAAGUCCUUUGUGGUCAAUUUAUGUCCCGUAAAAGUGGAAUGAAAAAUAAAGAAAGAGGAAAAUUACAAAAGACAGAGUUAUUAAAGAAUAACACGGAGAUUCGGUAAGUUAGAAAAUUUACAAACAUAACUUUAUUGAAAAGCAUAACCACACAAUGUAUGGAUGUGUGUGUGUGUUUGUGUGAAAAGGCGAAGACAAUUAACGAACAGUGAUCAAUCUCACAAUUCCUAAUUUAAGGAAUUGUAAAAUUGUGUUUCUGAAGUACGAUAUUCAUUUCCUAUCAUUUUAACCAGUAUUUGAUUUAUCUAUGCAUUAAUUUAUUUUAUCUGAUCUUUUGAUAAGGAAUGCAACUAAAAUUCGUGUUAAUUUUGCUGGCGUUUUCGCGCUUUGCUGGGACAUGGGACUGGAAGCUGGGAGCCAUUGUUUCGGAUUUAGUGAACCGGAUGAUGAGCAGCCGAAAUAUUUCCGGUUAUAUUCCUGUGGAAUUCCCUUCACUGACGGAGCACAACAACGCCCGCGGUAAUUCCCGGGGAAGUUACCACUCGGCCGUCCAGCACCACUACAGGUACCUCAGAAUCAACGACUUUGCCAUGACGAAGACUGCAGACGACAGGGCUCGCAUUGCCGCCUUCGUGGCCAGGACCGUGGCAGUAAUGUCAGGAAAGAGGACAGCUGAUGAGGUUCGACCGUUAUUGCAAGACCCUUUUAUGUUGAAAAUAUUCCAUAAAGCCUUUGAACCUUACUGCUAUGAGGAACCUAGGUGUCGUGCCGAUUUCCCGUACAGACACACAUGUGGAGCUUGUAAUAAUCUGAAAUAUCCACUUCUGGGCAAAGCAUUUACAGUGUACCGCAGAAUCGUGCCAUCCAGCUACGAAGAUGGCAUAGAAAUGCCGAGAACUAAGAGCAAAGAUGGCCAUCUCCUUCCCAGCAGCCGGAGGGUCAGCAACGUGGUGCACAAUAACAACAACCAGGUGGAAGUCAGCGCACGCUUCACGCCGUACCUCACACACUUCGGACAGUUUCUUGACCACGACAUCUCAAGCACUCCUGUUAUGACGGAUUCUGAAAAUAAUAUCAUAGAAGAUUGUUGCAUAAAUCCAAACAGGAUUGAGUGCUUCAACAUUCCUAUCGCUAAUGAUGACCCCUACUUCACAGAUCCCACGCAGAAAUGUAUGCACUUUGUCCGUUCAGACAUUGGACCAGUUCCUGCUUGUGAUACAGGGAUCAGACAACAACUGAAUCAAAGGUCUUCCUUCAUUGACGGUUCCGCCAUUUAUGGAUUCAAUACGGCAAAAGAAAACUCGCUACGAGAAAAACAGGGAGGUUUACUCAGGGUCAGUCGACUGCACUCUUAUCGUCCCGGCAUACUCCCUGAGGGAGAGGAAACGCAGUGCGAAAACGAACACAAUGGACUGUUCUCCAGAAGUCCGAUCAACCACUGCUUCGACGCCGGAGACCACAGGCACACAGAGAGUCCCUUACUUGCUGUUAUUCACAUCAUGUUUUUACGUCGCCAUAACCUUAUUGCCGAGGCUCUGCAACAAGCCACCGGAAUCACUGAUGACGAGGUUCUGUUUCAGGAGACAAAACGUAUCAUAGUGGCAGAACUCAAUCAUGUCGUGUAUAACGAAUAUCUACCCGAUAUCUUAGCACCAGAAUUUAUCAACUAUUUCGGUUUGAAAUCCACAAGGAUGGGGCACCAUACAGUGUAUGACCCGAAUGUAGACCCCCGAGCGAUAAACAGUUUUGCAGCAGCCGCAUACAGAUUCGGUCACAGUUUCGUUCAGAGUGUUGUGGGGCAAGAUAACGGCAGAUCUAUCAGGGAAGACCCUCUAAGAAAAAACUUUGACAAUCCAACUUUUAUCAAUUUUCCACAAAAUGGAGGUUGCGAGUUCGUUGCGUCGUGGAUGGCUAACACUGGUAAAGCAGACAUGGACCGUUUUGUUACUACCGAUCUAAGAAACCAUUUAUUUGACGCAGCCCCAACAGGGACUCCGACCACAAGCCCCGGGGCGACACUGAGCUUGGACCUCGUCGCUCUAAAUAUUCAACGCGGGAGGGACCAUGGACUCCCGGGGUACAACGUAUUCAGACAAUGGUGUGGGAGACCCAGAGCCGAACAUUUUGGCACGUGGUCCCUCGGCCUCAUCGACCAUGACGAACAAUCAGCAGCGAUUUUACAAUCAAUUUACAGACACCCUGAUGACGUAGAUUUAUUUGCUGGAGCUCUUUCGGAGAAAAACCUCGGUAGUUCUCUGAUGGGCCCCACAUUCAGCUGCAUUGUGGGAUUCCAGUUCAACAGACUUAAACUUGGCGACAGAUUUUGGUAUGAGAACAAGUUUCCUCUUACUGGCUUCACAGAAGAACAACUGGUGGAGAUGAAGAAGGUGACAAUGUCUAAGAUAAUGUGCUCCACACUGGUGCAUGGCUCAUCCCCUGUUAUACAACCUCUACUGUUCAGGAGACAGACUGUUAGAAGAAAUCAACCCAUUUCCUGUAAUCGAAUUCUAGGGCAGAGUACGCCUCUUGGUUUUGACAUUGAACCGUUUGUAAGAGAACUGCGGAAUCUUGGUGGAAGGCGGCAACCAUUACAACCCGGUGUCAAUCUUAACAUACCACCCUUCCUCGUACCUCAGCAGAGGCGACAGUCUGGAGCUCAAGUAUACUGAAUAAUCAGUACACGUGAAUUACACUAGGACCCAGCAAUUGUGACAAUGUUGUAUCUGUUGAAAAUGUUCUGUUCUAAGGACUAUGUGACUAUACAAUUUCAUGCUACACGUGACAAGGAUUCAUUGUUUAGCAACAUUAUUGGAUAGACAUCUCAAUAACUUACAGUUUAAACUUUUAUCUGUAACAGACA